UACCACUGAGUACAUUAAAGUGAAAACACAGGAUCUGCUGGCAAUGUCGCUUUGCUUUGUGAUGAAGUUAAACCGGCGGUUCAGGCUGAGGAACAUGCUCUACCUCCACAACACAGGACAGCCCUGAACUCUGCACCGUCACCCUCUCCAUCCUCAGCCAUGAGUGUAACCGUAAGCUGAUAGUAUGUGAUCAACAGCACCGUGGCACCCGACAUCCUGCUGCUUCACCACCUCAAUAAAACCUUUCCAGUCUGUUUUGUGAAAAUGGCAGAAAAGGGUUUCAAGUUCAGAGCUCUAAACAGCACCGAGGACGAUGAGCUCCAGCCAGCCGACUUCCCAAUGUCAUCACUAGCAUCCCUCCAUCUCAGGGACGAGGCUGUGGUCAUCAACAAGAGCACCAACCAUAUGGAGGAUAAUCCUGAGCCUCAUUCUGUAUUUCCUGUGAUGAUGUCAUCAUCACUUAACCAAUCACGACAGCAGACAGACAUAUCCAUGGCUACCAGGCCUGAGCCUUCACCAGCAGUUCCAGGUAAGAUUAAAGAGUUCUUGGAGUUCGAGAUGGGCGAAAACGACAGCAAGGCUCGCUCUCACACCGUGACGGCGUUCCUGCAGGACCUCUCCUCCCCAGUUGAUCAUGGCGAUGUGAUUCCUCCACUACAAACCAACAAUGUCAACGAUGGAGAACCUCAACCCAAAAAUAACAUAACCAAAGCGAUGUCAGCAUGUGAGUCCAGCUCUGAUGACAAACAUCUUUGCGAUGCAGAGUGGUACUGGGGAAAUACCUCAAGAGAUGAAGUCAAUGAGUUGAUGAGAAACACUCCUGACGGCACGUUCCUGGUCCGAGAUGCUUCCAGUAAAGUUAAGGGGGAAUACACUCUCACACUGAGGAAAGACGGCUCCAACAGACUGAUAAAGAUCUUCCAUCAUGGGGGGAAGUAUGGCUUCUCUGAGCCACUGGCCUUUCCCUCUGUGGUGGACCUUAUCCAGUAUUACCAGAACAAGUCUCUGGCCCAGUACAACUCUAAACUGGACACACAGCUACUCUACCCCAUAACCAGAUACCAGCAGCAGCAGGUUGCGAUGGAAGUUGACAUUGAGGCAGUUGGAGAACAGCUGAGGAUAUUUCAGGAUCAAUACAGAGAGAAGAGCAAAGAGUACGACCGUCUGUUUGAGAGGUUUAAUCAAACCUCCCAGGAGCUGCAGAGCAAGCGCACAGCCAUUGAGGCUUUCAGCGAAAUCAUUCGGAUCUUUGAGGAGGAGUGUGAAACUCAAGAACGCUACAGCAAAGAAUACAUUGACAUGUUCCUCACACUUGAUAGCAGUACAGAGUCAGACAAGAUUCAAAGCAAUUCAGAUGAGCUGCAGUCUAGGGUGGAGGAGAUCCACAACAGCAAGAAAAAGUUGGAGGAGGAGCUGAGGAGGAAGGCGCUGACUCACAUGGAGGUCGACAAGAAAAUGAGCAGCUUGAAGCCUGACCUUGUGCAGCUUAGAAAGAUCAGAGAUCAAUAUCUGCUCUGGCUCACCCAGCAAGGCACCAGACAGAGCCAGAUUAAUGACUGGCUUGGGAUCAGGAAUGAAGAAGAGGACCCGUACACUCUGGCAGAUGAUAUCGAGCAGGAGGAGAGGAGCUGGUACGCCGGUGGUAUGAGACGUAAGGAGGCAGAGGAGCUACUGAGGGGGAGGAGGGACGGGACCUUCCUGAUCAGAGACAGCCAGACUCAGAGAGGCUCCUUUGCCUGCUCUGUUGUUGUGGAUGGGGAUGUGAAGCACUGUGUGAUCUACAGGACAUCAACAGGUUACGGCUUCGCUGAGCCCUACAACCUGUACCCAUCUCUGAGAGAGCUGGUCCUCCACUAUCGACACACAUCCCUGAUCCAGCACAACCAGCAGCUGAAUGUAACCCUGGCCUGGCCCGCUCUCAGCCAGCAGCCCAGCUGAGACACACCAGCACGCCACCCUGAUGGCAGUUUUCCAAAGCUUCACUGUACGUGCACCACAGACACACCACCAUGGACACCGUUGCCAGGCUCUAACAGGGUACCGGUUAGUGUCAUCACAAUACUGGAAUUUCCAGUUUUAGUGCUUAAAUAUGGAUAUCUAAAAACCCUACACUGGUAAGA